UUUUACAAUUUCGUCUGCUCUUCUUCGAAUACAAUCCCGCCGUUUAUGAGAUUCCGGCACGUGGAACUCGAAUACAGCAAAAAUGGCUAGCUUACCACAGAAAAAAUAUUAUCGACAAAGAGCACACUCCAAUCCUAUCGCAGAUCACUGUUUUGACUAUCCUGUCUCUCCCAAUGACAUGAAAUGGGAUGAGCUCUAUCCUACAUUCAGCAAAGAUGGAAUAAUGAAACACAAAGUUCAGUUUGCUGAUAUUGGAUGUGGCUAUGGCGGUUUAUUGAUAUCAUUAUCCACCAUGUUCCCAGAGACUUUAAUGUUAGGAAUGGAGAUUCGUUUGAAAGUUUCAGAAUAUGUCCAGGAUCGCAUAAAGGCGUUGAGGAUUUUGCAUCCAGGUGAUUACGGAAAUGUUGCCUGCUUAAGAAGCAAUGCCAUGAAGUACCUCCCUUGCUUUUUCGAUAAAGGACAAUUGACAAAAAUGUUUUUCCUCUUCCCUGAUCCUCAUUUUAAGAAGGCCAAACACAAGUGGCGUAUUAUCAAUGACACUCUCUUGGCUGAAUAUGCCUAUGUUUUGGCUGAAGGGGGUUUGGUUUACACAAUUACUGAUGUUAAAGAUCUUCAUGAAUGGAUGGUUAUGCAUCUAGACCAACAUCCAUUAUUUAAGAGACUAACCCAGGAAGAGCUGGAUCAAGACAUUGUAGUUCCAAAACUGUACGAAUCAACGGAGGAGGGCAAAAAAGUCACGCGAAAUAGUGGUGAUAAAUUUCUUGCUGUAUUCAGAAGAAUUCCUGAUCCAUUCGUACUUGAAGAAAACAAGUGCUAAUGUAUACAAAUUUGUUUGCCGGUU